CCUUAAAGAGAUAGUGGUGGUGGCGUGUGGGGUCGACGCUUCCCGUUCCAUACGCAGUGGACCCUCCUUAUUGGUUACUAAGCACAAGAACCUCACCUAAUCGACCUUAACAGUAAUGGGAAUUGGAUUAAACCUGAUGAUUUCUUACUCUCAAGUUGCUAGAACAGGUUUUAUGAUUACUGCCAAAGUUUUGUUCUCGUUAGUUUCUGAUUUGUAUCUUGACGAGCCUGUCAACGUCACGCGAGGCGAUUCGUUGACAAGUUCUCCUGAUUCAGAACAGGGAAGCUAUCAUUUGAUCGUCUUUACCAACUCAAACCUAAUAAUGUUCAGCAUAUAUUUUCAACAUAUUUCUUUCGUCUGUAAUGGGCUUUGCUCUUGCCUUAUCCUUGCGUUCAGUUUGGGUGGCGCCCACUACGGCGUUUGGCUUUGUUGUACCCGCUUCAUCAAACAAAGAUUUCUACCAUGUCUUGAUGCCCCUAUAUCGCUACGCCUCAUCCGACACCCAGACAUCUAGCUUCGUCCAUAUACAGCCUAUGUCUUGCCGGUAC